CUCUGCUGAUGCAGCAUAUCUUUCGCCUUAGAGUUGUACACAGUUUUUUAGUACUGGUCUCUUUGCGCUAAGAUCCAUGACAACAGCCGGUCUUUGCCGUCAGUGGUCGGACGUAUGGUAGUUGUAUCUGGCAACGUGUUGAUUGUAAAGAAAGACAUGACUUCACCGUUAGUGCACGAGAAAAUAUGGUUCGAAAAAUUCAGAUAUGACGAAGCAGAGCGACAGUAUUUUGAGAAACUGUCAAAGCUGCGUGUAAGUAACGGGAUACCAGUAACAGUGUCCAUACCUAAAGUCGGGCAUGUUCUCUCACAUUCACUGCAGAAUGUGAAGCCUGCUGAAAAUGAGCAUAUUAAAGAAGCAAAUUUAAUUAACAGCAUUGUACUGUCCAAUGAGAAACUUCGCAAAGGUUGCACUAACAUAGAGAAUACAACUAAUUCUGGAGAGAUUUCUAUUGAAUGUAUUGGUAAUGUAUCCACCCCACAUCAGAACAAAGAGGAGAAAAGAUUCAAGCAAAAAGAAACAAAGGAGAAAAGAAAUAAAUUAGAUAAGAAGUCGCGCGAAAGAAGAAUACUAAAUGAUACAAAGGGAUCUUCUAACACUCCCUUAAAAAGCUCUUUGGCAGGAGAAGUAGCAAAGGCUCGGCAGCAUAUAAAAAAUUCUUUAGAAUGUAUGGAUGGUAUAGCGGCCUUGGCAACAAAUGUAAAUGUUGAACUUGUUAACAGACUGAAUUCCUUGGAGAAGAGCAACACUGAACUCAACAGCCUUGUGAAAGAUCUGCAAGCUGUUAUUAAACAGCUGGACUCUCGUGUUAAAGUGCUGGAAACAAACUCAAAUAAGCCAAGCCACACGACCACUGUAGCACCAGCUCCUACACAGGAGAAAACAGUAGAUGACAAUGAUGAUGGAGUCGACCUUUUUGGAUCUGAUUCUGAGGAAGAAAGUGAAGAAGCUAAGAAAAUAAAAGAACAGAGGUUAGCAGAGUAUGCGGCAAAGAAAUCAAAAAAACCAGCACUAAUUGCAAAGUCAAAUAUUAUUCUGGAUGUGAAACCAUGGGACGAUGAAACUGACAUGAAAUUGUUGGAGGCUGAAGUACGCAAAAUAUCAAUGGAUGGUCUUCUUUGGGGUGCAUCAAAACUUGUACCUCUUGCUUAUGGAAUACAUAAACUUCAGAUUUCAUGUGUUGUGGAAGAUGACAAAGUAUCUGUUGAUGUACUUCAAGAAGCAAUAGAAGCAAUUGAAGAUUAUGUCCAAAGUGUGGAUAUUGCUGCUUUCAACAAGGUUUAACCCCUUCAGAAGAAGUGCCAACCCAAGAUCAUUCCAUGUGAUUUUAAUGAUGUGAGAAUUUGUACCAGUUUGAUAGGUUUCAAUUUAUGGGUUUCCUUACAUAAUACAUCCAUCAUUGUUGUGAAACUUUUGUAGUACCAAAUGUCCUAAUUCCAUAUCACUUAUUUGUUACUGCAGUUUUGUUAUACAGCACUAAAAAGUAAAUAAUCUGAACACUUUA